CCACCUUCUCUUCCAAAAGUCUCACCAUCCAGUUUCAGAACCAACCCUUCCCCUGGUUCUGGUUGGUCCCUUCAUAUGGCCGAACAAGAGUUAGGACUCUCGGAAUGUGGCCCUACAUGGCACCAACUCCUUGGGUCCAACAACUGGGAAGGCCUUCUAGACCCACUCAACGAGGACCUCCGUCGUCUGAUCAUCCGGUGUGGCGAUUUCUGCCAAGUCACCUAUGACACCUUCAUCAACGAUCCUAACUCCGCCUACUGCGGCUGCAGCCGCUAUGCCAAGUCAAGCCUCCUCCACAAGACAGCUUUCCCGGGUGGCGGGCAUAAAUAUGACGUAGUUGGCUUCCUAUACGCCACUGCUCGAGUUAGUGUUCCUGAGGCCUUUCUUCUAAAGUCAUUGUCACGUGAGAGGUGGGAUAGGGAGUCUAACUGGAUGGGUUAUGUUGCUGUUUCAAAUGAUGAGGUUAGUACGGAGAUGGGAAGGAGAGAGAUUUAUGUGGCAUGGAGAGGAACUACCAGGAGUUACGAGUGGAUUGAUGUGCUCGGGGCCAAGCUUCAAUCUGCUAAGCCCCUCUUACGGGAAGGAAAUCAUGACCAUCAAGGGAAUGAAGACAAUGGUAGUGAUGACGAAGAUAAUCACAGGUUGCCUAAAGUUAUGAGAGGGUGGAUGACAAUAUAUACAUCUGACGACCCAAAAUCCCCCUUCACAAAACUUAGUGCAAGAUCACAACUUUUGAGCAAAAUCAAGCAACUAAUUGACAAAUACAGAGAUGAGGAACUGAGCAUCUUAUUCACAGGCCACAGCUUAGGAGCAACCUUAUCAAUCCUAAGUGCUUUUGACAUCGUUGAGAACAUUACAACUGAGAUCCCGGUAUCAGCCAUCGUUUUUGGGUGCCCCAAAGUGGGUAACAAGCACUUCAAGGAGAGGUUUGAUUCAUACCCCAAUCUUAAGAUCCUCCAUGUGAGAAACACAAUCGAUUUAAUCCCACAUUAUCCAGCAAGGCUCAUGGGUUAUGUAUAUCUAGGGACCGAAUUAAAUAUCGAUACAAGGAAAUCACAUUACCUAAAGCACUCAAAAGAUCCCGGCGAUUGGCAUAAUUUGCAAGCUAUACUGCAUGUGGUGAAUGGUUGGCAUGGUGUUAAGAGGCAGUUUGAGCUUAUGAUUCAGCGAAGUAUCGCUUUGGUCAAUAAAUCAUGUGAUUACCUUAAGGAGGAAUGCCUUGUACCUCCAUCUUGGUGGGUUGAGAAGAAUAAAGGAAUGGAGAUGAAUGAGCUAGGUGAAUGGGUUCUGGCUUGUCCUGAGGAAGAUCCUAUUCCUGAAUUUGAUUAACACAUGUUGUUUGGCUUGGUUUUUGUAAUUGCUUUUGUUGGAGACUAGAUUCAUAUUUCUUUUGCAUUUUUUGUCCCAAAUUUUUAUCCUCAAUCCACAAUUUAUGAUCACGGUUUCACAAUUAAGGA